GGUAGUCGGAAGGAGGCAGCAGCAUUGUCUUUCUGGAAGUGUUCGGGAUUACUGCACGUGGAUUUACAAACACUAAGGGAUCUAAGGACAAGACACUAAGGACUCCAGCAGGAUGAAGUCUCCUAUACAAAGCGUGGCGGACAAAGUGGUGUUUUGGAGGGGCGGGAGUAACAUCAAUCCUGGUUUCGAAGGAGAGGGAGAUGGCAAGGAGAAGGAGGCGAGAGUGGAGAUGACAGUGGAGGAAACCACGGACAAUGGCGGGAGGCAGCAGUGGUCAAACCCAGUGGAAUUCCUCCUCUCCUGCAUUGCCAUGUCUGUCGGUCUUGGAAAUGUGUGGAGGUUCCCGUUCGUCGCCCUGGAAAACGGUGGGGGCGCUUUCCUCAUCCCCUACAUCCUCGUGUUGAUGUUCAUUGGCAAGCCGCUGUACUAUAUGGAGCUUUGUCUCGGCCAGUUCUCCUCCUCAGGCUCCGUCAAAGUGUGGGAUAUCUCGCCUGCUUUCAGAGGUGUGGGUUACGGCCAGGCCUUCGCAACGUGGGCAGUGGUGACCUAUUACGUUUCCCUUAUGGGUCUCACCGUCUUCUACUUCUUCGCCUCCUUCAGUAGCGUCUUGCCCUGGUCCCAGUGUGGCGAUUGGGCCUCAGAAGUGUGCAUUGAUAGGACAAAGAAUGUGACUGAACUGGCAGAGGCAAUGGGGAAGAAUGUGUCAGAAUUUACAUCAGCAGCCGAAGAUUAUUUCUCACGAGAAGUGCUGCAAAUCGACAACACAGGCCUGCACAGUCUUGAAGCCCCAGAGUGGCGCCUCACCCUCUGCCUUCUCUUCUCUUGGAUUAUCCUUUUCGUCGUAUUGGCUAAGGGUGUUCAGAGUGCCGGCAAGGCUGCGUACUUCACCGCUCUUUUCCCUUACGUGGUCCUCUUCAUCAUGCUCAUCCGAGGGUGCACGCUGUCCGGCGCUGACAAGGGUGUUCUUUACUUCAUAAAGCCUCGUUGGGGAGAACUACUGAAGCCUAAGGUAUGGUACGCAGCCGUUGACCAGUCCUUCUUCAGUCUCUCGGUCGGGUUUGGGUCAAUCAUCAUGUUCUCGUCUUACAACACCUUCCGCCACAACGUGUACCGCGACGCCGCCAUUAUCUCUGUCACUGACACCCUCACAUCUCUCCUGGCUGGCUUCACUACCUUCGCCAUUCUCGGUCACUUAGCGGAACAGUUGGAUGUCGAUGUUUCCGAGGUAGUGAAGGGCGGCGGUACUUCCCUCGCUUUUGUCAGCUACCCUGAUGUGCUGGCUCGCUUUGACUGGGUGCCGCAACUGUUCUCCGUUCUGUUCUUCCUCAUGCUGUUCACUCUGGGGGUCGGUAGCGCCUCUGCUCUCACCGGCUGCAUCAUCACUAUCAUCUGCGACGCCUUCCCGCACUUCAAGAGGUGGAUUGUCACGCUCGUGGUCUGCGCUUCCGGGUUCCUCCUCGGCCUAUUCUAUGUCACGCCGCAAGGACAGUACAUUCUGGAGCUGAUCAACUACUACGGCGGUGGCUUCAUCAUCUUUAUCCUGGUGGUGUUUGAGAUUGCGGCCGUGCACUGGGUCUACGGAAUCAACAACUUCUGCAGAGAUAUCGAGUUUAUGUUGGGCAGGAAGACUGGAUACUACUGGAAAUUCUGCUGGACUCUGCUCAUCCCUAUCCUCCUGUCUGUCAUCUUCAUCUACAGCCAGAUCCUUGCCGAACCUCUAAAAGUUGGCAAGCACACCCUCAGCCCGGGAAUCAUUGGCUUCGGCAUCUUCCUGGCAGUGAUCGCGUGCAUGUUGCUCCCCGUUUUCUUCGUGAUAGAGGUCGUGAAGCAACGCAGCACUUCAGACUCUUUCCUAGACGCUAUCAAGAACAGCUUCAAGCCGACCUCGGAAUGGUGCCCUAAAGACGCUACACUACGCAAGGAGUAUCACCAGUUCAUACAGAAACAGAACGAGGGACCACAGGGCAUUGACAACCCUGCUGCAUCCACCGCUGACCUCUCCAGCCUCUCCACUAGUGCUUCCAAGGCUAACAUCACAGACUACAACACUUCCGUUUGAACAUUUUUUUUACUAAAGCAUUACAUACAUAGAAAAUAAGAUAACACUGAAUUCCGAAAAGGAGGUGUGGUCUUAAGCUAAAGAUGAUCACUAUUCUGUGUUAUUCAUCGUGAAAGGUGCUCCUAUUCCACGGGUUCUGAAGGGGCGGUGGAAUUAGGUAUUGGUGUCACAGAGAGAGGGUUUCCUUAUCACUUCCUAAAGUUUGUCGAGGUUAAGAGAGGGUCAUAAAAAGGCCGCGGAAUGUCAUAAAGGCUGAAGCGGCGUCCUUACGAGCUACUCGUAUGUGUGAUAUUCUGCGUCCAUAAAAAAGACAGGUGCACACACACACACACACACACACACACACACACGCACAUGAGAUAACAGGUAAGACAUAACUUUAUCUGUAACUUUAUGAUGCCUGUGAACUAAUUAACUUACUUACCACCCUCCUCUUACCUCUAUGCCCCCUGUCACCCCUAGCACCUGUCCCCCCUACUCCUAACCCCUCUCGCUCCCUCCUGUUUCGCAGUGACAAAAGUUCAACAUUCUUUUUUUUUUUUUUUAGUAACCACGUGUUAUCAAUUAAUUUUGCACGUCAUCUCAAUAUAAAUCCUUUUUUUUUUCUUUCUCCUAAGUUCCUAAGUCUCGUUUUCUUUGAACAGAAGUGACUGUAAGAUAGUGUGUACAUACGUGUGUCUGUUUGUGUCAGGAAAUGGUCGUGUUUGUGUACGUAUGAAUGUAUGUAAGUAAUUUUAUGUUUGUUAAUGAUGGAUGUGCUCUAUUUGUUUAGAGUUUUGUGUAAGCAUCAUUAUGACACACAACACACACACACACACACACACACACACACACACACACACACACACACACACACACACACACAGCGAGUGAAACACAGUAACUAUAUCCCUCAGAAAUAUUAACUAAUAGUAUGUCAAUGCAAAAUGUGUAAGUUAUUCAUAAUUCAUUGUUAUAUUUUGCUACUGCCAGUACUACUUCUAUCACUACUACUACUACUACUACUACUACUACUACUACUACACUACUUCCUCCCAUGAUUAUUCUACUGCUGUUAUUACUACUGCUACCACCACCACCUCCAUCACCACCAUCAUUGCUGCUACUACUACUACUACUACUACUACUACUACUACUACUACUACUACUUCUACGACCACCACCCAUGAACCACUCACUCGCCAGGUUGUGACAAUAAUCAUUCAUCUCAGUUAGGUACAACAGUGAAGUGUGAAUCAGUGUACAUAGAUUGUUAGUUAUCAUUAUUACAAUUAUUACUAAAGUAUUAUGAUUCUAUAUUAAAGUUAUGAUUUGUA